AUGAAAAAAUUAGGAAUAGGAACAAUAAAAUCUUACGACGGAAUUACAACUGAAGAAUUAAAACUUAUUUUACAUUAUAAAGAAUUAUCUUCAAAUAAUCCUGAAGGUCUUCUUCGUCAUGUUUUUCUUUGG